AUGUCGUCUACACAGCCCUUGCUUGCGCAUGCGCCCGUUACUCCUCUUAGUACGACCAACAGCUCCGCCGUCCCGGUCGGCGCCCUCGCAGUCAUCGAAUGGUGCAUAUUUGAUGGCUAUACACACAAAGACGUUGUGAGCAUGUACAACGGCGCUGGCUAUGGCAGCGUCAGCACCAAAUACGGUAUAUCGUAUCAGGUGAGGAGGUGGGGCCCAGUGUGGUAUCAAGAGCAAGGCGCUGUCAGACCAUGGGAGCUCUACACGAAGAUUGAGAAGGAAGAGUUCAAGAAAGAAGGACUGAGCGGUGAAGACUUCAAGUUUGUGCAUCCACGGGAGCUGGAUGUGGUGAAUGGAGUUGUACACGUACGAGGACAGCCGCGAGGACAGAAAGAAAAGCGACAGGAAGCAGCAAGACGGAGGUCUCAGGGUAAGGCCGCGAAGCAACCGGUCCGCGAGCCUAAUCCUCCCGCUGCGCUUUUGCCCAAUCUACUUAUACUCCUGCCUCAACCUACUAUUCUCUACCGACACUCCGGUGUAGGUGACGAAGCACCACAACAUCCAAGCAUCGCAGAAGACACACGAAAGAAAGCCGCUACAUUAAACCAGCCGAAAGAUUCUGCAACCGUGAUCAUGUCAUCCACAGAUAACCCUACAAAAGGGGUUGACGCCUCAGCGCGGAUGUCAAUCACAGCACGGAAGCGUCGGUUGAAUGAGCCCUACGUCGCCGCGGACGCCCAAGUGCUCCCUACAAAUACCGCUUCCAACACGGAUGAGCCCGGCGAGCAUAAUGACAACGAGGACGCGAACUCUCCGCCCAAGAAAAAGCGCAAGACGAAGUCUAACUCACCGAAUGCGCACGCUAGAGUUGCUGCGAAGGAUAUACCUAGCGAUGAAGAGAUCAAAGCCUUCAUAGAGGGCGUAGCAGCUAUCAAAGACUGGACUUCUCAGGUAGUUGACACCAAGUAUAUACAACUGGUGCAAUGGUACGACGUCGAAGGCAUCUCGAUGAAACAGUGCGGCACCAAAUGGGUAGAAGAAGGAUAUGCAGAAGGACGCGCAGAUCCGAAAAAGCAGAAGACUGAGGUUACUGAAUCAGGGAUGUGGAAGCACUACAGCAGCCACGGGAGGAAGUUCCUCGAGGAGAAAGGUCUCGUGUGGGUAUCUCCAUCGGCGCGGAAGGCUUACAAGAAAAGAAUUGGCGUCGUCGAGCAGUCCAGAAAGACAAUCCCAGAAAAGACAGUUCCACACAAGACGGUUUCACCCAAGACAGUCUCAGAUCGGACGGAGCGCAUACCAUCACCUGGUAUAGAAGAGGGAGAGCCGCUGACGAUUGCUAGCCAUACCAACGUGCUUGAGAGCAGUGAACACAUGGCCGACGAACCAGUGCCCAGUAUUCAGCGAUACACCACACCGCAGCCGCAAGAGGAGGCCGCACGAGGUGUUACGAAGGUUGCGAUGCCCAAGCCAGAAGACUAUCGUGUGGGACUGCAUCAUGGAGAAGAUGAGGAGCUGUUGUUCCUUCUCUCGAGGAAAGUGAAGGCAGAAUCGAGACCAAGCGACCUCAUUUGUGACUUUGAGAAAAAAGGGAAGAGCCCUGCCGCCGCGCAAUCAAGCGAGGUAACGAGCGAUCCAGAGGCCGAAGCUGCAGAGGUCGUACGCUACAAGAACAGUCGAGCAACCGAAGAUGUUCUGAGCUUUAAGCGGAAGACCGGUGACGUGCGCCGCGGACAUCCCACUCGACCUAUUCUGAGCCGAAAGCAAGCCAUCGAGCACUGCACCUUUAUAAAGGACGCCAUCAAAAACGAUCCGACCGUCGAUACGAUCGAGUACGGAGAAGACAUAGAUGCCGAUACUAUCGCCCGCUUCGUCGCGUGCAUCUCGCCCGACUUCCGAGCGGCCCUGCCCACGCACGAUGUUGUCGGAUUGGUCAACGCGGGUCACCCGGACACCCGGACUACGGAGAUCCAGUGGUCCAUCCGGGAAUUUGAAGACCUAUACGUUUUCGCCCACACGAUGGGCGCACUUGCGGUGUGCGAUAUGAUCAUCGAUAGAGUAUAUGAGGAGCUGCAUCGUCCCCAGCAGCGCCUGAUUCCCACCAUCGAUGGUACGAUGGAGAAAUUCGGAUUCCUCCGCAUGAGCCCGGCGUUCAUGAAUCUUCUAUCGGAGAAUGACACGCGAGCUUUCAAUUUCUUUGUCGGUGCUUUGGCCAUGAAGGCCGAAGAUACCCUGAAACUGCUGAAGAUAUCCGGGCUCGAUCAUUGGUACCAUGAAUCUAAGCAGGCGUUGAUCACGAAGCUGGAAAUAGAAUGGGCAUCAGGUGCGAACAAAAGCGAGUCGGCAGCGAUAUGUCCGACAUACCAUCACCAUUGGAGCCCAGCGACAGGAUGCUACAGGUCUGUAGUGUCCACGGCGCCCUUGGUAUCGAAGUCCAACGCUGCGAAGCAAUCGACCCCCACGUCCCGUACGAUCCAGAAGCGACCCGAGCCCUACCAGCGCAAAGAUCGUAAGAAGGAGGAAAAGGAGAAGGCCUGGGCUAAGAAGGUGGCAUUCCAGAAGAUCGAUCGCGAGGCCAAUAAAGCGCAUGGACGUGGACCGGCAAAUUUGGAAGCCGAGCAGGCCAGGCUUCAGAAGGUUCAGCAAGAGCUCCACGACGAAGACAAAGAGUACAGUGCUUCCUCCGACUCCUCACACUCGUCAGACGACGAAGACGUCAAUGUGAUCGUUGUGCAACUUCCUCGGGUAUACAGCAGAGCUCGCGAUCUCUUCCGAAACAGCCCUGGAUCAUAUGCUGAACCAUCCCAAUACACUGUGAUUGCGUCUGAUCUGACGCAUGCGAGAUUCGCUGCCCGAAGCGGAGGUGGGCUGAACUAUUCCGGCGAGGGUAUGAAUCUUUCCAAGGACACGGCGGAGAUUCAGCGGAAGAAAGUAGCGAUCGUGGAGGGCCAGCUGCAGAUGUUUCGCGAUAGCGGUUACGACCCCGACAAUCUGCAGGGCCCAGGCCAAUUGCGCGCCAUGUCUCGGAGGGCGAGUGAAGACGGGGAGAUAAUCGAUGGAGACGAGAGCGACGACGAGGACUAG